GACCUUUGAACGUUUGGAUUGUUGUAUUUAGUUUUCUAGUUAAUUGUUGCUAAAAUGAAGUCCAUAGCAUUAAUUGUUGUUGUUAUUUCUGUUGUCAAUAUUGGAUGCCAAGCACUUGGCAAUAGCCAGAGUCAAGCGGAUUUAAUAUCCCAGGAAUCGAAUGUGGAAUAUAAUGGCAAAUAUCAUUAUCACUAUGAGCUAAGCGAUGGCUCAAAAGCCACCCAGGAUGGUGUCCUGAAGACUGUGGAUGCCCAACACGAUGGAGAAUCGAUUCACGGCAAAUAUUCAUUUGUGGGCGAGGAUGGCAAAACCUAUGUGGUAUCCUAUACAGCCGAUGAGAAUGGAUUCCAAGCUGUUGGCGAUCAUUUGCCCACUCCGCCACCAACACCCGAAUGGAUUGCACGAUCCUUGGAAUAUCAGAGACUGCAUCCCUAUCAUCCACCAGAGCAGAAGCAUUAAGUAAACCAUCUUCAGCAUAACUGUGACCAAAAACAAGAAGAAACAAAUGGAGCAUCAAGUAUAAACUA